AUGAUGAUGACGAAUACUCAUAGUUUUGUGUCGUGGGAGGAGCACACUUUGUGUCAAGAGCGUGGUAACCGUGUCGUUCAUUAUUACUUGAAGGAGGCAUCAGGGGAAUUUGUCCUCGCCGUAAUAGGGACUGAGAGGAGUAUAAGGCACAUGAUGUAUGUUGUUUCAGACGAGUUCGUGGAGACUUAUGGGUCCAAGGGAUUCAUUAAUGCGUGUACCAAAUGGAGAGCAAGAAGAGAAGUUGUAGAAUGGCUUACUUCCUUGGUCUCGAGGCCUAGCUGGUCAGAGGUUUCAAAUUCACCAACAGAUGAAACAGCACAAGCAUUACCAAUUACUGGCUUUUGUGCUCAUCAAACUUAUCUGCCAGAUCAGAUGGUUCCAAGGAAAUUGAAAGUUCACAAUUCAGACAUUGAAUGGUCUGGUGUUGCCUGGAGUUGUGCUAAACAGCUCAGGCACUACCCAGCAUUUUGCAGGAAUGGAGCUACCAUUUCUGUCCAUUCUUUUGUGUUUAUAAUGGCGUUAGAAGAACACCACUACCUUGGUUACUUGGAAGACAUGUAUGAAGACAAGAAGGGGCAGAAAAAGGUUAAGGUGCGUUGGUUUCACCACACUCAGGAAGUCAAGGAUGUAGUUCCUCAUCUAAAUCCACACCCCAGAGAAGUUUUUAUCACACCUCAUGUUCAGGUGAUCAGUGCUGAGUGUGUUGAUGGUCCUGCAACAGUUUUGACUCCUAAGCACUACGAGAAAUGCUUGGCUAUUGUUGCUCAUAAUUCUUCAUCUGGAAUCCAUAUGUGCUUUCGGCAACUUAAGAACCAUAUGGUUAGGCCCUUCAGUCUUGCUAAAUUGCGGGGGUAUUCUAAUCAAGCAAUUCUCUCUUCUUUAGAUGUCCACAAUGUCUCCAAGCAAAAAGCCAAGUGCCAUAAAUUAUCUGAUGAAGAUGAGGAAGAGGAAGAGUUAGCACCUGAUGAUCCUCUGAGGAUUAGCUGUAAGAGAAAUAGAAGCAGCAAGGGGAAUCAGGGAUGUUCUGUAGUUAAAAAUUUGGUCACUGGGAAUAAUCCACCAAAUUGCGUUCCAACAUACCCAAAGUUGAAAUUAAAAUUAUCUAGGAAGGCAAUUGGAGUUAAGAUUGCUGGAUCUGAGCCCCAAUGUCCAAUGUCUUUUAAGGUUGAUGAGAAGAUAGAGUUGCUCUGUCAAGAUAGUGGCAUGCGAGGAUGUUGGUUUAGGUGUCAGGUCUUGCGGACAUCUCAGAAGCUUCUCAAAGUUCAAUAUGAUGAUGUGCAAGAUGUAGUUGGAUCUGGCAAUCUGGAGGAAUGGGUCCCUGCGUUUAGAGUUGCUGCUCCUGAUAAACUGGGCAUGAGAUGCUCAGGCCGCCUGACAAUCCGACCCUGUUGUCCUAAUGAUUCUACAGAGUGUACUUUUGAUGUUGGAGUACCAGUCGAUGCAUGGUGGUGUGAUGGCUGGUGGGAAGGUGUUGUUACUGGAGUUGACAUUUCAGGAACUGAUACUCUACAAAUCUACUUCCCUGGUGAGGAGAAGCUUAUGAUUUUCCAGAGAAAGGAUGUUAGGGCUUCUCGAGACUGGGUUGAGAACACAUGGGUUGAUGUGAAGGCAAAGCCUGAUAUACUCUUACAUAUAUCUGAAAAUAUCAGUUCUAGCAUGAAGCUCUUAACAAUCUCUGCUAGUUCUAUGGCAGAAGAAAAACAGAAAUUACCAGAUUUAUCCCCACCUGAUGAUGUAUUUGGAAAUGUGAAGAGGGUGAAUCUGAGGAAGCGGCCUUGUACCAGUAAUGAGGACGAAAAGAACAAUUCUAGUGGCGGUGAUGGCGGUGAUGAUGGUACUUGCAGCAAGGAUGAAUUGAUUUAUAAGGAAGAAGUUGAUCCCACCUAUGAGAAAUCUGAAACACCGGGAGCCACAGAAAUGGCUGCGCAGGGCUGA